GGACAUGGCAUAGUGCUCCCAAGGCACAAACCACUCAUCAUUUCUGCAGAUGACCGUGUGAUGUAAGGGUCCCUAACCCCACCAAUAAAACAAUGCUCGACUGGAGAUUGGCAAGUGCACACUUCAUCUUGGCUAUGAUCGUGAUACUCUGGGGCUCAGGAAAGGUGUUCUCCAUGGACUUAGCAUCACAGGACUUUGGAACAGCAAGCCUGCAGUCACCACCCACAGCCAGAGAGGAGAAGUCAGCCACUGAGCUUGCAGCUAAGCUCCUGCUUCUUGAUGAUCUGGUGUCCUUGGAGAACGACGUAUUUGAGACCAAGAAGAAGAGAAGCUUCUCUGGCUUUGGGUCUCCCCUUGACAGACUCUCAGCUGGGUCUGUAGAACAUAGAGGGAAACAAAGGAAAGUAGUGAAUCAUUCAAAAAAGCGGUUUGGUAUUCCCAUGGAUCGGAUUGGUAGAAACCGGCUCUCCAGUUCCAGAGGCUGAUGGAUUCUCUUUAUGCAACUUACUUGUGUGAGAUGGCACAGAACUUUAGAAGACACUUCAGUGAAGUUCACUACCCCUUUUGUCAAGGAACCUUCCUUCUACAAACCUCCCCAAAGCUUGAUCCCCCUCAGCUCAUCAUGUCCUAGUGUUACUAUGGUUUUAGUUGAGUUGUGAAGAUCAUUUCAGUGUAUGGAUAUCUUUGAAAAUGUUUUUCAAUGAUUCUUAAAUUCUGACAUGGGCUCUGAACCUACUUUGUAAAACAGCAGUCAAAUAUAAUGUAUUCUCUUGUCAUUAAUAUUUUCACAUUUCAGUUAUUAUAUGUGCUUUCUAGAAACCGAGUGUUUAAAGAUCUGAUGAUGUAAAGAAAUAAGAAAUGAGCACAUGGUGAUUUAUAUAGGCUUUUUUUUUUGGUUUUAGUUUUUCUGAAGUUUGUCAAAUUGUUAAAACUUUAGCUUCAGGCUUAGAAAAAAGACAUUACAUGAGUGUUUGCUUCAACUGUGUCAGAAAGCAAAUAAAUUUUGAGAAACCUGAGCAAUUUUGUUCUUUUGGAACUAAUAACUAAAUGUUAAUAUAAGAAAAGCUAGUAUAAUUGGCCCAUAUGAAAUAUUCUAACAAACUCUGAAUUUAAAAGACUCAUUUGAAAAGAAGUUACUGCCUGUCUUGCUUACUUUUACCAGCCUAGGGGUGAAUUGUGCAAAUGUUUCUUAUGUUAGCAGCUUUUUUUUUCUAUUUUUCUUUUUCUUCAUUCAAUGUUUAUAAGCUAAAAAUCCAACCAAAUACUGCUUUGUGCUUUAAAAAAGGUAUAAACAUCAACAUUAAUCUACAAUCUCUCAUAUGAAAACUUGAAAUUUAAUUCAAAAAUAAUCUGUGAGAGCAAGGAACACACAUGAACAGCACAGUGUCUGCCUAGCAUGAAAGAGACAAAUUUUCUGUAUAAUUGGGAUCAUGGCUAAUGUCUGUCAUCCUAGCCCUUGGAGGUAAGAGCAGAUGAUCAAGAAUUCAAGGCCACCCUCAGCUAAGUAGAAGAUUUGAAGCCAAGCUUGGUAACAUGACUCCUCUGUUUCAAAAGAAGAAAAGAAACAAGGAAGGGAAGCAAGAGAGAGAAAGAGAGAUAGAGAGAAGGAAGGAAGAAAGGAAGGAAGGGAGAAAGAAGACAGAACAAUUAUGCAAUAAUAUCCCAAUUUGAAGAGAUCUCUACAUAUUGGUCUGAGCUCCAUUCUGUGUAGUGAAUGCAUUUGUCUCAUGUCUUCAAUGAAGAAAAAGAGGAAAACACCUUUUCAACCUGAAGGUACUUCAAUUCAUAUGUGUUAGCUAUUACCAGAACGUUGGAAAGAAACCCUAUGUCCCCAGGAAACCACAUAUUUUAACAGUUAUGAUUUAAAAAUAUGCAUUGCCCUUUUGCUCUUUGUUUCUAAAUACAGGCACAUAGAACAAGUGAAUAUAAAUAUGAAUUUCUGAGCCCUACUGUUAAUUACCUUAGCAUCAUUGCAUAUGAGGGUGUAUUCUAGGCUACAAUGUCUUAAAGUUUAUACUACACAAAAUUUAUCAAAUUGUACUUUUUAUUCCCAUAUCAUUUGGGAAAUUAAAUUGAUUAAAUUAUUAAAAUCUGAAUCGAAUCUUCUGAAAAACAGCAAUGCCAUUCUGUCUGAUGCCGAAGUUUCAAUGUACCGGAAUAUCAUCCAAUUCUCCCAAAGUAAAUAAAGAGAUAAGGAAAGCAGGAGUUUCAUUCCUCCUAAAUAUCGUUGAGUUGGUGCUUCCAUAUGUCCUCAUACAUAGGAGCAUCUUCU